AUGACAUAUCUGGAGUGCGUUGAUGGCCAGACCUGGCAAUUAGCGCCACCAACGGGAUUCCAAAUAGGGUCGUUUGGUAGAGUCUUGGGAACCAAAAAGUACCAUUAUGACCAUGAGGAUGAACAAAUCCCGGGAGCUGAUAAUUUAUCCAAGCUGACGACUGUUCAAUUUAGUAAUACUGGCUGGGACCUAUUUCUCAGCGACUCGGUCGGUCACGUGUCAAUUUGUGUAACUGGAAUCAAGAGAGUGCCCCCCAACGCCCCUGGACAUGCCGUGGCCCAUACUACUGCUACUCCCUCGAUCAAUCAGUCUCCGCCAUCACAAAACCAGGGAGUACAGGCUGCGCAAUAUUCCCGCACCUCUUUUAAUUCGUUCGAGCUCCUGUACACAGACAGCUCGUUUGCUCCAUUUCCAGAUCUUUCAACCGCCUUGAAAAGGGAGGGAAAUCAGAUUUUAUCAGUCAAAUGGCUCAACAUAGACAAGCCUGUGAUUGUUAAUUCUCCGGCAGUUAAAACACAGGCGACGCAGGAGGCCCCCGUGACUAAUGGCUGCGCGUCAAAAUUGGGAGCUGCCGCGCAAGAUGCUCAGGGCUACUACUACACUUACACAGCUCACCAAUACAAGCCGUACGGGACAAUGCACCCGUUGGCAACGAAGCAGGCCUGUAUUGGCGUGCGAAAAAAUGGAGAGGUUUGUCUCUGGUACCAAGAGGACCACGGAAUUGAAUACAAGAGAGUUGUGGGCCAGCUCCCUAUCGGGGAUGUUCUACUUCAACAUGCUGCGAUUGGAUUUGCCAGAGAUGGGGAAGUCAUUGUGGCUGUUCAAAUCGGAAAGAAUUUGAAAUUGUUUGAGGUAGUCAUUAAUUGGGGAUUUCUGGUCGAAGCGGCCAAACAACUGACUAAAACGCCAACAUACAGAGUUCCCGAUGAAAAUAGAAUACCUCCGAAACUAGACAUCCGCAAGGUGGCGAGUAUGAGCCUAUGCUCUGUCGACGAGAAUGCAUCUUUCUGUACUGGUAUACAGUUAGUUUCACCAGAUUUCAGCCAAUCUACGGAAUUAGAGCUGCUCUUGCUUUUUGACAACGAUAGAUCUCUCGGGAGUAAGUCUCCCAUAUCCACCAUUUACAGAUAUCAAUUGCGCAACUUCGACAUGGCUUCUGUUAUUCAUCCUAUGUUUGGACAGAUAGCAUCAGAUCAGAAUAGCGUUUUUGAGUCCCGCAAAACCUAUAAAUUCAUAUUCAAGAAGAAAUUUACCUUUGAUGAGGCCAUCGUGUGUCUUGAGUUGCUAAACCUUGAGCUGACCAUUGCAGUUACGUUAGCAAACGGUGACAUCAAACUGAUUGAUAGACAAACAUUCAAGAUUGCCCAAAAUAUUUACAAUUCGGAUGAAGUGAGAGAUGAUUUUGGGCCAACUGGCCCUCUUCUCCCAGACACUGUGUCAUGUCUCACUGAUGCAGGAUUCGAGUUUCCAAGAAUACAGUUCCAACCACAAUAUACCUGUAUCUCGCCAAACGUUUGCUGCUGUGUGGCUUUACCAUGGAACGAUACAACACUCCGUAUUCAUUCUGCCUGUACGAACGCAUCGCAAUCAGACGCCCCUCCCAAUCGAAAAGGGCUUCUUCUGGCCACAGCAGCAGCCAUUGCUUUUCGUCAUACAAAUGCUUGCUACUAUGGGUACUCAACAGAUGAUCUGGUUGCAACAAUUCGCUGCGAGCUUGAACAUUCCAAAAACACUCGUGGAGACGAGUAUGCCUAUAGACUUUUGAUGUCCAUUUUACAGGAAAGCCAGAGAGCGAUUAACCUGAGUGUCGAUGUGUCCAGUGAGCAGACGGAUAAAAUGCUCCAGAACCAACCUCUUCAACGAAUACUCACACUGCAACUGUCGCUCGGUACCGAACUGAACUGGCUGCGGAACAAGAGUGGAAUGAUCGCCUGGGCACUCGUAAAUUUGAAGUUCGUCACAUCUUCUAUCAUGUACACCAUUCACACGAUUUACUCAAAUAUGCAAAGAUUUGCGAAAAAAGGACUUCAUGUUUCUGACACUCUCGCAAACGCCCGUGCCCGUGAAGAGAGCAUUAUUGCCGUGCUCGGGGUAAUCAGAUGGUGUGUCGACUAUAUCGUAUGGCUGAAUCAAGAGCUGGUUGAGCUGCACGGCGUCUUCAAGAGCAACAAUCCGAAAGAGAUUGAGCAGUUUCUUGGCAAGUCGGUUGCAAUUCCUCUUGUGUUAGGGAAAGUACCACGAUCGUUUUUGAUUUUUGCAAUUUCCAACAUAAGAAGACUGUUUUCUUUUGUGCAAAAAUUCAUUGAGAAGAACGAUCCUUCGCUGGCCGCUUUGGUGACGCCUGAUAACCCGAUGGGUACUUUCAAGUCCCUUGAAAGCCAGCUUUUCGCAGAUUCGCAAUGGACGCUGGCUGGUCCAUCAACUAAUCAGGCUCAGUUGGGAAAAGCUAUUGUAGCACAUCCAACGAUUGAGGCCUAUGCUCGAUUGGGUUCGCUAAUCAACAAUUCGCCGAUCACAUUACAUGCUUUCGAAAGAUUUCUUUUGGAAGCAGACGGGCCGCUUAGAAAUAUGAGACUGGAUCAGGUGACGGCACUGGCAAUCGAACAGCAGCUCAUAUGCCAAGGACAUGUUUCAAAAACGUUUGUUGAGCCUCUCAGAAAAUUGUGCGAAGUAUAUGAUCGGGUUGUGCUUACCAAUGGCAGUGUCGACCUCGUGGAAUUAUAUUUCUAUGACGUGAGCUGGCUCAACCUUGGUGCUAGAGAGGCAGAUACGGCAGAUUCAAAAGCUAGAGAAAAGCGUCCUGCACUGAUUCAGCAGACGGACCACAAAUUCUCAAACACCUACAACAAAAAACUCAUUCAAAUGAACACUUAUGAUGGCCUCAUCCUCGACAUGCUACGCAGGCAACUACUAAAGCCCUCUGAGUUUAUUGCGAACCCAUCUGCACAGCAGGUGAAUGGCUCCGGAAGUAGACCUGCAGUCAAUGGCUCAAAUGCCUCAACUACACAUACAUUAAUGAUGCGCAAAUGUAUUAGAUGUGGUGCUGUUUCUUCGGUGAAUGACAAUGAGGUGUACUUCAGCUCGCCUACAUUUAUUGUCAACCCAGUGUACCAGCAUUAUCAGCGAAUUUGUUUCUGUGGCGGAGCGUGGGCUAAUAUGUGA